AUGUCAUCGCAUUACACCACCGAACCCCCAGCGACCGCCUCAGCGACCCUAAACACAACCUUCGGUCCCCUCCACAUCGCCCUCUUCGCGAACCAAACCCCACUAACAUGCAGAAACUUCCUCCAACACUGCAAAGACAACUACUACGCGGGGACAAUCUUCCACCGCAUCGAACCCGACUUCAUCAUCCAGGGCGGCGACCCCACAGGCACAGGGUCAGGCGGGACAUCGAUCUACGAAGACCGCGAAUUCGAAUACGACCCGGACGCGCGCGAUCCGAACGAGAAGGUUGUGCUGCGCGAUGAGCUACACAGUCGGUUGCGGUUCAAUCGGCGCGGACUGGUGGGGAUGGCGAAGAGCGAGGAUGGGACGUACGGGAGCCAGUUCUUCAUCACGUUGGCGAAUACGGAGCGCGAGUUGAACGGCCAGUGUACGAUGUUCGGGCGCAUCGAGGGCGACAGCAUCUAUAAUGUGGUGAAGAUUGCGGAGGCCGAGAGAGUCGAGGGCACGGAUCGGCCGGUGUAUCCGGUUAAAGUGACGUCUUGCGAGGUUGGGGAGUUGGGUCCGUUGGAGGGGAAGAUCAAGACGCGGCAGAUCACGGCGACGGCGACGGCGACGGCGACGAAGACGGAUGAGAAGCCCGCGCCGAAGAAGAAGAAGAAGGCCCCGAAGGGUGGGAAGACGUUGCUGAGCUUUGGUGAUGACGAGGGAGACGUGGAUAUGCCGGUGCGACCUGCAAAGCCCAAAUAUAACGCUGCUCUGGUCACGGACACGAACCCCCCGACGACCACCGAUGAGCCCUUGAAAGCAGCGUCUACGAAACCAACAACGCAGACGCGCAAACGACCGCGAUCCCCAUCCCCCGAGAAAGAGCGCAAAGAGCGAGUCAAGACGCCCGAGCCAGCCUCUCAACUCCCUCUACCGGACCCGGAAUCCCCGCCCUCGCGAACCAGAUCCGAAUCCCCCUCCGACGCGGAGAAAGAGAAGCCGUCCAAACUAUCCCGCACCAAUGCCGCCAUCGAGGACCUCAAAGCCUCUAUGCGCCGCAACGUCCACACAGGGCCAUCAGACAGUGGACGCAAGAAAUCCGCCCUGGAGGCCAUGAUCCCGGAGACGGCGAUCCGCGGCCGCAAACGCGGUGCCGGCAACAAUGCUCGCAGCAACGCCAACGGCCUGACAGGAUUCAGCAGUUCCGCAGAAGCCGAGACGCUGAAAAUCUUCAACGCAUUCAAAGCUAAGCUGGAAAACGCAGACUCCACCGCUCCUCAACCCUCAUCCUCGCACGCCAAACACUCCUUCGCCCCCGACACCAACACCACCGAAAACGCAGACGACGAAGAAGCCCAACUCUGCGACCUGCAUUUCAUCGCAAACUGCCAAUCCUGCCAAUCAUGGGACACCGAAGCUGCCGUCGGCGGUGAAGACGCUGGUCCCACCGGCGGCGCAAGCGCAGACGACGACAAAGGAUGGUUAACGCACGAACUCCGCUUCGGAAAAGACAUGCUCGGCAAAGACCUGAACUGGAAGCGCGAGCACCCGGACGACGCAGACUCCCUGAUGGUGAUUGACCCGCGAGAGCGCGAGAAGGAGUUCUCCACGGGAGGUCGGAAGAAGGGGCUUCAGCGGGAUCGGGAACGGGAGAGGAAGCGCGAGCAGGCGGGGAAUUUGGAGUGGGAUCAGGGGAGGGGGAAGUGA